CUCUGUACAUGUCACACAAAAAUCCCUUUCCUACAACAUAUAUAUAUAAAAGAAGUCAUUGAUAUUUCUUCAUCCUAUACUAAGGGAUAAUUGUAAAAUACUAUUUGGAUAACAAUGGGAAGAGUUGAAGCAAACAAUGAAGGAGAAACAUCUCAGGCAGAGAGUGGUACUGAACCAGCUGCCUCACAGCCUCAACAGUUCCAAGGAGUACAAAGUGUGUAUCAGUCACCAUCACACUUAACAAUUGGAGCUCCUUGGAGUACUGGCUUAUUUGAUUGUCAUCUGGACCAAACUAAUGCUGUCAUGACGGCGUUCUUACCUUGUGUAACAUUUGGACAAAUAGCAGAAGUCCUUGAUGCAGGACAAAUGACAUGCCCUUUGGGGACUUUCAUAUACAUGCUGAUGAUGCCUGCUGUCUGCUCUCAGUGGAUCAUGGGCUCAAAAUAUAGAACCCAAUUGAGACAAAGAUAUAAUCUAGUGGAAGCUCCUUAUUCAGACAUGAUUUCCCAUAUGUUCUGUCCAUGUUGCUCUCUUUGUCAAGAAUUCAGAGAGCUUCGAAACAGGGGACUUGAUCCCGCUCUAGGAUAAUUGCUUGGUGCAUAAUUUGUUCUAAAUCUUCCUCCUGUCGAGUUUGAUGAACUAGCAUUGGCAGAACUUGAUGGAUUAGAUGAACCACCACGUAUGGAUGAAUUCAUUGAACUUCCUUCAGCAAACAUUUGACUAUGUGGCUUAAAUUCCCUUUGUUUCUCUUCUUGUACAAGUAAUGCAAAGGCUUGAGCCAUAGAUGGUAGUGGAUUCAUCAUCAGAAUAUUACCUCUAAUAACAGUAUAGACUUCAUUAAGCCCCAUUAAAAAUUGAAUCAAUCUUCGAUCUUGUUCAGCCUUGUGCAUAAUUUCUUUACCUCCACAGCUACAGGCACAACUACACUGGUUUUUGAUACUCAGAUUACUCAACUCCUCCCAGAGCUUCUUCAUCCUAGUGUAGUAUACAGUAACAUCAAGAACUCCCUGACUCAGAUCAUUGAUAUCCCUUUGAAUUUGAAACAAUUUGGCACCAUUCGUUUGAUCAUAUCGAUCUUCUAACUCUUUCCAUAGUUCUACUGCAUCAGACACAUACUCUACACUGUCUGCAAUGUCUUUGCUAAGAGAGUUUAGGAUCCAAGAUAUUACCAUGUUAUCACAUCUCUCCCACUGACAAUAUUGUGGAGAUGUUGAAGAAGGGCGUUUGAACUCUCCAGUAAUGAAUCCUAACUUGU